AUGAAGACCGUCUUGUUUAGCCUUCUCUUCUCAGGCGCGUACGCCUUCCCCUGGGUCGCCAAUGAGCCUGGUGUCGUAUCACCAUGGUCUGAGUUCGCCAACGGUCACCGCCUCAAGGCGCGACAGCAGGCGGGCAUAGGUGCCUGCCCGUUCAACGCGAACCACAAGCCGGCGAACCCCAUCACCGACAAGUACCCGUAUAACGGGGCCAAGAACGGUCUCCCUGGCAAGGGCAAGGGCGGCUUCCAGGUCCCAGCAGAUGGCGACACUGCACAUCAGUUCGUCGCGCCUGGGGCCAACGACAUUCGAGGACCUUGCCCAGGACUCAAUGCCGCGGCCAACCACAACUUCCUUGCUCAUGACGGCAUCACCACCUUCAACGAGCUCGUCGACGCUCAGCAGAACGUGUACAACGUCGGCUACGAUCUUUCUCUUCUGCUUGCAGCCCUUGGCUUGACGCUCACCGACGGUGACAUUGUCACUGAGAAGCUUUCCAUUGGCUGCGACGCCACGUCCCGGACCUCUUUCAAUUCAGCAUUGACCGGCAGCGAGCCAGGUCUGAAUGGCCACAACAAGUUCGAAGCCGAUACAUCGUUGACACGCAACGACUACUUCCUUGCCAAUGGAGAUAACUACAAAUUCAACGGGACUCUGUUCGGCAUGAUGGAUGAUACCUGCGGGUCCAACUUCGAUCUCCAAGGCCUAGCCAAGUACCGCAAGCAGCGCUACGAGCAGUCAUUAGCCCAGAACGGAAACUUCUUCUUUGGGCCACUCUCUCUCCUCCUCUAUGGAGCAGCCUCGUUCUUGUAUGAGCUGAUGCCGAACGGAAACCACGGGUACAAGCCUGACCUCGAGACCAUCUCAACUUUCUUCGGAGCGAAGAAGAACAGCGACGGCACCUGGGGCUACACCGCGGAGAAGAUCCCGGACAAGUGGACCAACAGGGUCAGCCCAUACACCAACAACGACGUCACCAGCCAGAUCUUGCAGAUGUACCUCCUCGACCCAGUCUUGUUCGGCGGCAGCACGGCUCAGGGAAAGUUCGACACCAUCGACUUCGGCGCCAUCAAAGACGGAAAGAUUGAUGCUGGCAUCUCAGCCACGUCGACGUCUUGCCUGCUUUAUCAGCUCGCCACUGGCAACAUCCCAUCUUCUCUGAACGGGCUGGUGACUCCGACGGUCAAGGCUCUGACCUUCAUCACCACCAAGAUCUCGCCUUCCUUCAAGAAUUUGGGAUGUCCAAUUCCAUUGACGUAG